CACAUCUCCAACUUCGGCCCUAUUUCUCAAGACACUUUUUUUUCUCUUUUUGCCAAGUGAAUGUAGCAACAGAAAGAGGAGGUAGAAAAUGUCCCUCCCAAACAUCUACCACCUCCGUCGCGUAGCAGACACAGCCGCCAAAGCGUGCUCCAUCUGCUACAAGCCGUCUAGUUGUGUUUUGAUCACGCCUGAUAAUAAGGACUACUUCUACGUAUGCGCCACCCACCUCAAAGACCGACACUUUUGCACGCCUAUUGUCGAUACGGAGGAUGCGGCUGCGAAGAAGAAGAAAGAGGAGGAGGAGGCGCUGGAGAGGGAGAUUGAGGUGAUUAAGAGGGAGUAUGAGGAGAAGCAGCGGCGGAAGAAGAAGAGUAAAGAUGCGGAGGGGAAGGAGGAUAAAGAUGGGGAUAAGAAGGGGAAAGAGAAGGAGAAGGAUAGAGGGAAGGGGGAUGACGGUGAUGAGAAGAAGAGUGAGAAGGAGAGGGAUGAUAAGAUUGAUUCCCUUAAGAAAUCAGCUUCAUCGGAUGAUACCUCGCCUCGGAUAUUUGCUUUACACAAAACCUUCUACCAAAUGCGCCUGGACAGACUCCGCAACGCGGAAACAGCCCGACGCAAUCUGCAACGCAUGCGAGAUCCGUCUUUUUUCCCAUCUGUUCCGUCGGGGGGCGUUUAAUUACUCUAUAGGGGGAUAAUAGAAUAAGUCGUCUACUACUUGGUCAUUUGUCUAUCCUUUUAUUCGGGUUGAGUGGGUGGCGAGGUUGUGGAAAUGUGUCAGCGUGGCUCACCAUAUGUUUAUUUAUAGAGAAGAUAGUUGAACACAUGUGUAUAGGAUAGUAGGGCUUGGUUUAGCUUUCACUUAGUAAUUGUUAUGUUGUAUAUACAUGAUAUGGACAUACAUGUAGUGCAUUGA